CGCUGCAAUUGGAUUACGGUAUUUUGCUUAGCCAAUCAAAGAUUGCGAUUAAAACAUGCAGCAAAAAAUGGUAGCUGCCUGGAAAAUAAGGAAGUAACUAAACUCAUUAUUAAAAAAACUUCAAAAAAUGUCAUUUUUUAAUUUAGGCCUUCCUGGCAUUGGAAAGGAACAAGACUUACUUGAUGCUGCGCGUGUAGGAAAUUUGUCUACAGUGGUCAAAUUAUUAUCUAGCAUCAAACAUGAUAAAGCAAAAAGAUCAAAAGUUGACAGAUUAACAAGUUUCCUGAAAACCCUGAAUAUCAACAUUACAGACAAGAACGGCUACACCCCACUGCAUCAAGCAGCUGUCAAUGGUCACAGGGACAUAGUAGAGGCCCUUCUGAAGGCUGACGCUGAACCUGGCCUGGAAGACAACCAGGGAUGCACGCCUGUGCAUCUCGCUUCAUGGAGUGGGAACCCAGAAAUUGUCAUGCAGCUCCUCAAUGCUGGGACCCAGCCAGAGUCUGCGGUGGAACCGGUACAGGUCAACCACCAGAAUAAGAAUGGUGACACAGCUCUGCAUAGCGCUGCUCAGUAUGGCCAUGUGGCGGUGGUAGAUGUACUUUUGCAGAAAUCGGCCAACCCAACAAUCCGCAACAUUGAGAAUGCCUCCCCGCUUGACUUGGCUGCCCAAUAUGGCCGCUUGGACGUCGUGAAACGACUGUUGAUUUCACAUCCCGAGCUGGCCAAUCGUCCGUCAAGCGUCCAGUCCCCACUGCACCUCGCGUCUCGAAACGGACAUACUGACGUUGUCAGCCACCUGCUAGAUAAUAAGUUUGAUAUCCAAACAAAGACGGAGUACGGCACUGCGCUUCAUGAAGCCGCGCUGCACGGGAAGCUGGACUGCGUCCGUCUCCUGCUAGGGUGCGGAGUUGACGUGAACGCGAGAGAUGGGCACGGACAGACGGCACUUGAGCUGGUCAGUGCACACUGCAUGAAGCAGAAGUCCUUCACAGAGAUCACAAAGGCUAUUGCGGAUCACAUUGAGCGGUCUUCUCCACCACCCCAUGACAUUGGCUUGUACGAGAGUCUUGCAGCAUGUCGCAGCGGCUCUGAAAGCAAACCCACAGCCGCUGUACGGCCAAUCACACAUGACCCAACGAGCCACGCCCUUAAACCGACCACACCCAGUCCUUCCUUGAAACCACGCAGUCCGUCGUUGAAGCCACGCAGCCCUUCUCAACGGGAGGCUUCGAAACCUUCGUCACCCAGUUCUAGAUCAUUGUCACCUGGCUCGCCUACCUCACUUACUCUUUUCCCAAGUGUACAGUCACGCCCCACUACCCUGGAUCAGUCAGACACUUUGUCUGGAGCACCAGAUGUGAACAAAGAACGGCCUAUUCCGGCCCCUAGAAUGUCCCUUAUACAGCUGACCCCAGAGGAUGAGUCUAGCACUCCCUUGUAUGCACUCCCUGCCAAGGAUAACCCUGUGGAAUGUGUUGUCCCCAGCCCGCCUGCUAGGGACGUCCCACCUCUACCACCUAGACAGUCCGUGUUUAGCAUUGAGAGUAGGAGUCAAGCAAUAGAUAAAGCUGUGGAGAAAUCAAAAUCGAACAUUCCAAAAAAGCCUCCAAGAAAAACCAAGCCAGUGGCUCCACAUCUUGAUCUGAAAAUUGCUUCGUCAGAGACUUCAAUGGUACAACAUUCCCCACCACCCAAUCAAAAUGUAUCACUUCCUGUCAUGGCUGACUCAGCAGUUCCUGCUUCCCAGCAUUCCACCCAGCAUUCUGACCAAUCACAUUUCAGUAUUGAUGACAGCUGUGAUAGUAGUUCUACUAAGGCAACUGAUGCAACAAAACCUUCUUAUACUGAUUGUCAAGAUGGAACACAUUGCGAAUCUAAAUUAUCUGACACUCUUGAAUGCUCAGCUAACCCUAAAACUUGCAAAACUGCUGUAAAGAGUGUGAAUUUACAAAUGAACAAACCAAAAUCACGUCCAGUGUCUGAAGUGAAACCUCAGGUCCAUUCUAAAGAAGAUAGUACAACAGAAACAAAAGUUGACAAUUAUGGCAUUCUUUUCCCAAAUUUAACCACUAAAAUGCACAAGGACUCCAACAAAGAAGCUUUAAGUGCCACUGGUGAUGAGUAUGUCGUGCCUUCAACUUUGGCAGAAGAUGGGAAACAAAAGAAAACAGUGGAGAGCUCUAAAUGUGCGUCUGUCGAAGCUGCUGAUGAAACUGCCUACAUGCCAAUGUCAGGAUGUGGGGAUGAGCUUGAUGGUUCAGCAGACAUCAUGAAAGAACAUGACUAUUGUGAGAUUUCUGAGAACAGUCCUUCCGAGGGGUCUGAGUGUUCCCUGCUUUAUUCAUCUAUUGAUGAGGUAAGCCAGUCAGGAAAGGCAACUGAAAAAGCGUCGUCAGUGUCAUCUGCUGCUACAAAAAAGGCUACACUACCCGCUUUGACGGACAGAAGUGUUGACCUUGAAAAAGGUAUUGGUCACAUGAGUCACUCAAAGCCUCUCCACCUUGAUUUUCGCAAGGGUCGUGUCUCGGGCCACACCCCCCUAACCCCCACAGGCUACCAUCAACCUCCCACCCCUGACUUUCCCCCACCCUCCCCCGCAACCGCAUUGCUGGGUAUCGAGAAAAAGAUCAAACAAAUGGAUUCCAAACGCAAAUCCAGGGAUGGCUCAUCACUAACUGACACACUUGCUGAAUAUGAUGCAGUCAGCAAACAAGGCAAGGGAGCUAAAGUCAAGGUCACAGACACUGAACCAGAAAUAUCUAAAGUGCAAGAAUCUGAUGAAGAAAAAGCACAAGACACAAACAGUGGUGAAUGUAAGGACAAAAGUGAGGCUGCUGUGAUAAUUGGUGCAGAAAUGGAUAAAGCGGAAACUGAACCUCAGUCUGUUGCAAGCGAUGAUGGCAAACAAAGAACUGUGAUAGAUCAACCUAGUUCAAGCAUUCCAGAGUCUUCCAUUCCAGUACAGGCUGUGAUAGGGGCAAGUGAUUCUGUCAAAGACGCAGGCAUGGAAAAGCCUCAAGUGAACUCAAAACCGUUUCGUCAAAGGAAGCCAGUAGAUGGAAGUGCUAGUAUGAAAGCGUUAAGUGGAGAUAGUGCUAACAAAGAUACUGAACACUCUGAUGAAACCAGUGAAGCCUACAUGAUAGAAGCGGUAACUGAAGACAAGUCGAUUGAAGAAAUAUGUAAGACAGUUGAUAAUCCUGGAAAUACAGGCGAUAGUGUAGACGAAAGUAAACCUGUAGAGAGGUCAACUUCACCUAAAGGAUCAGGAGGGGAGCCAAUAUCCCAAGGGUCAGUGUCACCUGAAGUGGGGUCACUUGCACCUGAGAAGGCAACUUUGCCCCUGGGUUCAACUAUGAGCGAGGGAUCAGCUAUGCCCCAGGAGUUGGUCCCUCCCACUGGGUCUGACUCGCCCAUCGUGAUGCGCAGACCAAGCAGAUCGUCAGCUGACAGGGAUCUGGAUGUAUUUAAAGGCCUGUUUCGUGGAUCCAACAUCGGUACCCCACGGAAAGACACGACCUCAUUCUACCAGGAUGUGUUGAAUAAGAACCGUGUUCAGUCAAGCGUGCAAGGGGCAUCAGCCAAGAUGGACAGCGCUGAUGACAUUGACGUUGAUGCCGUCAUGAAAUCGAUGGACGUGGAGAUUACGAAGCGUGCGUCCGCCAGUCAUGAGUCCUCGUCGUUUGAUGAUGCUGAAGAAUGGGAGAAGAUAGCAGAUAUUAUGUCCAGCUUUGGCGUGGACAUGAACACUAUGAAUCCAUCUCCUCUACCAGAUAUUGUACUUGAAGAGGAUUACAAUUUUGCUUUUGAAGCUUACAUGGACCGAUUAGUGACAGACAGGGACCAAGGUGAAGGUCAGAUACUGAGUGUGGGGGAGUGGCUGGAGUCACUGGGCUUGAAUCAGUACGAGAACAACUUCAUAGCAAACGGUUUUGACAACAUCGAUUUUCUGGACCCCAGAGUUCUCGAGGAACAAGAUCUGGAGCAGAUCGGGGUCCUAUCGCACCCAGACCGAUGUAAAAUACUCCAGAGUGCGAAAACCUUACCACACCUCAAGCCUAUAGAUAAUGCCAAUCCACCCAAAUCAGUGGAAGAGUGGCUCAUGUCUUUACAACUUCUUGAUCAUUUGGAGACAUUCCGUUCCCACGGUUACGACACCAUCGAAAAAGUACAGAGCAUAUUGUGGGAACUUCAGUUACGAACGGUGCUGGAUAUAUCCAUGCUGGGUCAUCGGAAGCGAAUCCUUGCGUCCCUCGGGGAACGAAAGCCAAUCGAACGACAGAGUUCUCAAAUCACACCACCAAAGAAACCGUCGCUGACGAGCCCUACGUCUGAACCAAAGUCGCCGCUAGAUAUCAAUUUAUACAAGGACUACAGCAAAGUGAAGCCUGUGUCGACGUCAGACGAUGACAGCAAGCCUACGCAGAUGGUCCUUGAUCCUGAGGAGGAGGAGGAGGUCUUUAAAAAACGGUCGGGUCAGUCAAUACGUAACAGCACCAUCCAUUUGCGUCCCCCACACCUUGCACAGACCUCCAGUCCAGCACGCCAGUGGAGACACAAACCUGAGAUGCUCAUCAAGGGCUGCUGUAACUACACUGCGCAGUAUCUUGGUUCAACAUUGGUGCAGGAGAUUACAGGAGGGGUGGAAUGUACAAAGGCUGGAAUUACUAAAUUGAAGCGUCGAUUUGUACGCGAGCUACAGAAGUCGACUGAUAUGUUGGCGAAAGUUCCAAUCAUUAUGUUGUCCAUCUCUUAUAAAGGUGUCAAAUUCAUAGACGCCAAAUCCAAGAAAGUGAUCUGCGACCAUGAGAUUGGGAACAUUUUCUGCGCCUGUCAAGACUCCGACAAUCUCAACUUUUUUGCGUACAUCACCCGUGAUAUCCAGACAGUUCAGCACUACUGCCAUGUGUUCAGUGUCAAGUCAUCUAGCCUAGCCCAUGACAUCAUCCUGACGCUGGGGGAGUCAUUUGAGGUGGCGUACCAGUUGGCCAUGAAGGAGCGGUCACUGGAAGAAGCCAUGGCCAUGGACCAGUCCAUCCUGGAGCAGACCAUCAGCUGUAGUGACACUGAUGACAGCAUGAGCCUGCACUCAACCAUCUCAACAAGUACCGUCUAGACCUAGAGAUUUCCAAUUGUUACAAUGUUUCGCAUAUGCGUGAAAAGACGGCCAUCUUGGAAGUCUAAAUCUGGAGACGGAAUUAUGCAGCGAUGUCUACUGACAUAUAUGACGGAGAAUCGAUAAUCUGCAUGCGGAGAACAUUCUGGAAGUCUGCAAGUCUCACUGUCUUAUGGAUGCAAUUCGAGGAUUGUGAAGCUAAGAAGUUGGAAUGUUUCGAUAUAUCGCUGGGAUAUUAGCUAAAACGUUCGAUUUUUCAGUAUAGUACUUAUAAUAGUUUAUUCGUAAAAUAGCCUUAUAGCUUAUGUUGAAUCUGUUAUAUGUAAGAUAUUCUAGAAUUAAGCUUACUUCAUCUUGUAUGUAUAUUAAUUAAUAUAUAUAGCCACAAAAUGAUUGUUUUCAAUAAAUAGUUACUUUAAUUCAUAUCAAUUUCUAACUCACAUUCUUUUCAAAAAAUAAAUAUAAGCUUCAAUGAAAAAAGAAUUAUUUAAAAAAAAAAUAUGAUUCGAUGCUAGAGGAAAGUUGAAGACUUGAUUGUGAUUAAGAAAAUGUUGUUUCUUCAUUCUGCAUGUUUGUUUAUGUUCAAUACAUGCAAUAUCUGCCAUUUAUGUUUUAAUUUCCUUUAUUUUGCCAUACUACUCUCCAGAUAUUCUUACAAAUCAUGGAUUUUGUGUGUUCAAGAAUUAUACAUUCUUAUAAAAAUUAUAUGCGCAUAAUGAAAUUAAUUGUAUAUUAAAUUUUCCCAAUAUUGAAGGUUCACUGUGUCCGUAUGAAUAUAUGAUUGUGUAUAACACAGAGGCAUUGUGGUAUACAAAUAUGCACAUUUAAUUAUAAGACCUUCACAUAAACAUAUUUGUCUAUGAUUAUUAUGUGAAACAGUCUUAAUAUAAACUAUAUAAUAGACUUUGCUUAGAAUAAUGCUUCUCUUAAUGUUCCACUUAAAAAGCUUUGUUAAUUUCUUUCAUUUUUUAAUUAUACAUUGUAUUUGAAUGUAAAACUUUUCUGAAUAACUUUUAAUGCAGAAAAUAUAUUGUUCAUAUAUGCAGUUCAUGGACAAAAAAAGGUUUAUCUAUGAUAACAUUUAGUUUAUCAGUUAAGAUAUAAUAUUGUAUAUGAUGCAAUUUUACAGUUAAGAUAUAAUAUUUUAUAUCAUGAACUAGAAAAUAAAGAAUAAAUAAUGCAGAUAAUCAAAACUGUUUACUUCAGAUAUGAGAUAAGAUUUAUCAUAAAAAUCAUUUUGCAGAAAUUAGUCUAAUGUAUUGAUUGUUAUUGUUGAUGUUAUAUACUUAAAAAGUUGUUGAAAUAAGUAGUUAAUUAGUAAAUAAAACCUUUGAAUUAUAAUUGAAUCAUGUUUAUUGACAAAUCACUUUUAAUUAAAGUAUUAAAUUAUUACUGUCUUGUAUGCUGAUAUUUUACUGUACUGUACUCAUGAUCAGGAAUUCUGUUUUUUUUAUUUCCCGGCGUUACUAAAUUAACCGUGCUCUGUGAAAAGGGGGUUUAAUGCAUGUUAGUAAAGUGUCGUCACAGAUUAGCCUAUGCAGUCCGCACAGGCUAAUCAGGUAACGACACUUUCCGUCUAAACUUGAUUUUUGCUUAGAAGAGAUUUUCUUUAAGCCAAAAAUAUCUUUAAGCGAAAAAUAUCAUAAAAGCAGAAAGUGUCGUCCCUGAUUAGCCUGUGCCGUCUGCACAGGCCAAUUUGGGACGAUGCUUUACACACAUGCAUUAAACCCCCUUUUCACAGAGCAUGGCUCAUAUAUAUACAUUACCAAUUGUGUUCUUUGUUGACAACAAGCAGUCAUGUUUGGAUAAUACAUUAACAAUUGGUGCUUUAGAUAGUUUGUUUAUCUUUAAUAAUUGAAUUCUUCAAAUGCAAGACAAUUUGAUCAAAAAUAUUUUACUCAUCUGUAGUUUAAGUACAAACUGGUCUUUUGCUUGUAAAAAUAUUCAAAGAAUCUAUAUGUUAACAAAUUACCACAAAUUUUCUGAACAAAUUAGACAAUAUGAACAAAAUUAUCUAUCUACAUGUAUAUCACUUUACAUUCUUUUAUAAAGCAUUUGCUCACUGAUAAAGUGAUACAACCCAUAAUUUUUCUGGCCCAAAUCGAGACUAAAAAAAUUAAAAAAAUUGUGACAUUUGACCCAGGUUUGGACACCAAAAAACAUUUUUUUUUGGUCGAAAAUGCAAGAGAAAUGUCAACCAUUACCAUUUGUUAAAGUAAAAUUUGUUCUAUAUGGACAAUAGGCAUGUUUAAAAAUUGUAUAAAGACAAACAUUCACUCUUUUUUGGAAGUAUACAGUUAAGUGAGUUAUGGAAUAUGUUUCUUUUUAUGCCCCCAGAACAUAGGUUCUCUUCUUCUCAAAGAACGCUCCCACAGUGGUGAUCGAACAAGUGACCUCCUAGUCGCUAGACGGACACCAAAUCAAUUACACUGGCAAUUUAAAGCUUUGAAUGUAUAGUUAUGGGACAAUAAUAAUGUGAGGUCAUUACACAAAUACACAUGUACAGUGGGUGUUUUUCAGAAAUAAUCUAAUAAGAACAAUGGCUAUAGGUAGAAAUUUGGGACCUCGGUUAAACACUUUAGUGUGUCAGCAUAACAUAAUCAAUAGAUUUUUAGCGCUGUUUUUGUAAAUUUGCAAAACAGAGCUGGCAUUGCAAAUGUUAUAGCAAACUUAACAAAGAACAAGCAUUGUUUUUGACAAUCGUAGGGACAAAUUUGGUUAUGUUGGGACAGCAGAACAAGCAUCCCUAAAGCCGGACUGGCCUGCUGAUAUCCAUACAUUUGGCAUGUAUAGUGAAGCAAUGAACAGAAAGACACAAGUGUCUGUGCAAUUACAAAAUAUAUUAAAGAAUGCAUUAUUGAAUCAAAACAUGAAAUAUUAAUAUAAAAAAUAUAAGAUUUUAUUUUGUUACAUCAUGGUCUCCGUAAUUAUGAAUACAUUUAUUAUGUCAUAUAUUUACUUACAAAUGCCUAUGUUUUCUACAUAGUUCUCUGCAUAUCAUGUCCUUUAUUCCCAAUGUUCUGUCAUUUAUAUUUUUGCUAUACAUCAUUGUGAGAUUUCAUUUUAAAUGUAGUAAAAAUGUACAGACAUCUGUUAUACUCUGUAUAGAAAAAUGUGUUUGUGUGAUUAAUUUUUUUUUAUGUCAAUGUUUAAAGAUAGAUUAAGGCAUUUACUGAGUCUGUAUAAUUAUUAUUUUACUAUGUGCUAAUUAUCCUCCGCCAUAGGCGGAGGGAUAUUGUUUUGGCGUUGUCCGUCCUUCCGUCUGUCCGUCCUUCCAUCCUUGCUUCUGUGCGGAACUUUUGUGUCCGGAUCCAUAGCUUGGAAGUGCUUUGGCGGAUUUCAUUGAAACUUGGUAUGAGUAUAUAUAUGAAUAGAAGGAUGAUGCACGCCAAAUGGCAUUGUACACCAUCUGUUAAUAACGGAGUUAUGACCCUUUGUAUCUUGAAAAAUGCUUUUUUGUGUCCGGAGCCAUAUCUUGGAAGUGCUUUAGCAGAUUUCAUUGAAACUUGGUAUGAGUAUAUAUGGAUAAGAGGAUGAUGCACGCCAAAUGGCAUUGUACACCAUUGGAUAAUAACGGAGUUAUGGCCCUUUGUAUCUUGAAAAAUGCUUUUUUUGUGUGUCCAGAGCCAUAUUUUGGAAGUGCUUUGACGGAUUUCAUUGAAACUUGGUAUGAGUAUAUAAAUGGAUAAGAGGAUGAUGUUGGCGUUUUCCAUCCAUCCAGAAAUAUUUGUGUCCAGAAGUCUUUUGGCGGGGGAUAUCAAUUCAACAAAUUUGCUUGUUUGCAAUGGUUAUAUACUUGGGUUAUUUUCUGUCAAAAAGAGGAAAAAAAUGCGAUGAAUAAUGAGUAUAUAAAGCAUGUUUGUUGACAGCAAUGUUGUUUCUUUAAUUUAAAAUAUAGUUUUAUGAUCUCUAACAAUAAGUGCAUAAAAUGUGUAAUAUACUGAAUAUAAUCUGUUCCUUGGGUCAACUUUACUUUUAAUAACAAUUUAUAUUUAAUAUUGAAUAAUCGUUGAUAAAAAUGAUAUGUGUGAAGCAACAAUUAAAAACAUUCAAAAGUUAAUAUAAAUCCGAAAAUAAUUUACCCUAUAAACCAUUGAUAUGCCCCUUCAAUAUGAAACAUUCAAUGAUACAGUAUUUGAUAAGAUAAAAGAAAUAAGUUUGCUUGUAUAGAUAUGUAAAGUUUAAAUAGUUCUUUCAAAUUAUUAUUAGACUUUGCAUAAGUAUGUAUUGUUUAUAUUGAACAUUAUUGAAUGUAUAUAUCUAGUUAGUUUUUACAUAGCCAACAUUCCUCGUAGAAGUCCAUUUUGUGUAAUACAGUUUUUACUCAUGUGGACUUUUUAUUAUUGCAGUGAUAAAGGAAUCAACUAUCUUAACUCUUUCCCACUGAGAAGCAAUGUUCAAACAACAUAAAACCAGAACAGCCUAUGAGUAACUCGCAGUCUGUUCAGGUUUUAUGCUGUUUGCUGCUCAUUAGUAUUUAAGGCUUGGAGAUGAAACCUUCAAAAAAAUCUAGUAAGAAAGGUCUUAAAUUAAAUAUAACAUUCUGAGGGUGUACAAAUGGGUGAAAAUACAUAUCUAAGUGGCAAAGGGUUAAUAUUCGUUGUAUUAUUGUCACACGUUUGAUUUUUUUUUCAAAGACCUAUAAAAUACAUGUAAAAUAUGUAUUUUAUAGGUUUUUGUUAUUUUGCAAUCACAAAUGCAUCGACAUUUUUUGUCUGAGCUUAAAAUAUGCAAUAAAGAUAUUGGUGAAUAUUGCAAUUUAGAGAGGUGUAGUCUGGAGCAAGAAAUAUUGCCAGACCCUUUACAAAAUCUAGUUAUAACAGGUAAGUUAGAAAAUGUUUUGACAAUAUAAUAAGUAAUUUAACUUUAUCAUUUGCAAGAUAUCUGUUUAAUAAUAUGUCUUUGUUUUGUUUUUCAAUAUUAUUGUUGCAAUUGUUGGAUGUUUCAAUUUUAGAAGAAUGUUCUGCAAUAAAUGUUUUUUUCUGUAUUUUAGUCAGAAUGUGUUUUUCUUUCAUUAUGAAUCAUGUACAGUUUAGAAGAUGAUAUUGUUAAAUGUAUUACUUUAUGAUAUAUUUUUUUUUGCUUUGCUCUAACAAUUUGUUUUACCACCAAAAAGUAUAGUUUGGUUAAAGCACCUGCCUUUAAUUUAUUCUUUAAUUAGUUUUGUUGUCUUUUGUUGUUAUGUAAUAUACAUUUUUGUAUGCAUAGUUGAACUGCAUAUCUAAAAAUCAAAGCGCUGAGGCACAGAAGUUGUUCGCUAUUGCAUAAUCUCAGUUUUCAAAAUUAUGUUAUAGCUUUUUAUAUCGCAAGUUUGAAAUGAACACAACCCAUUCAAAUUUGUAAAGAGUGUGUCUUAAAUGGGGGCUAUGUAGGAGACACUUUGUUGGUCUGUCUGUCUGUCCCGAAAUUUCAUCUGAUCUUCAUGAAACUUGGUCAUAAGUUGUAUCUAGAUAAUGUAUAGGUCACAUUUGAAUAUGGGUCAUGCGGGAUCAAAAACUAGGUCAGGGGGUCACUUAGUGCGUUUUGACCGAAAGUUUGUCCAGACCAUAACUAUGUCAUUUAUAGUAAGAUUUGAAAAUGACUUGGUACAUUUGUUCACCAUCAUUAGACGGUGUGGCGCGCAAAAGAAUUACGUUGAUAUCUCCAAGGUUAAGGUCACACUUGGAGUUCAAAGGUCAAAUGCUUGUCCGGGCCAUAACUUUGUCAUUUAUUGUGAGAUUUUGAAAUCAUUUGGCACAUUUGUUCACCAUAAUUGGACGGUGUGUCGCGCGAAAGAAUUACAUUGAUAUCUCCAAGGUCAAGGUCAUACUUUGAGUUCAAUGGUCAAAAAUGGCCAUAAGUGAGCUUGUCCGGGCCAUAACUUUGUCAUUUAUUGUGAGAUUUUAAAAUCAUUUUGCUCUUUAGUUCUCCACCAUUGGACGGUGUGUCGCACGAAAUAAUUACGAAAGAAUUAUGAAAGGUCAAGGUCAUCCUUCAAGGUCAAGGUCAAAGGUCAAAUAUAUGGGGGGGGUACAUAGUUUUUCACAAACACAUCUUGUUUCAGCUGAAAUCCGAUACGAUAAAUGCUCUUAAAAACAGUGAUAUGGCUGUCCGACAUCCAGUUUAUUAUUUUAUCAGGUUACUCUUGCUGUUUCAUGUUAUUUGAGUGUUACUCAUGUUCUUUGUGUCUUAUGUAUGCUAAACCAGUUGUAUUACUGUAGGAGAAGGAGCAAAAAAGGUCACACUUUUAGUUCAAAGGUCAAAAAUGGCAAUAUUUAAAUGAUCUUGUCCAGGCCAAAACUAUGUCAUCCAUUAUGAGAUUUUAAAAUGACUGUGUACAUUAUUUUUUUUUCACAGUCAUUGGACGGCGUGUCAUGUGAAAAAAUUCAAGAGUUCAAAGGUUAAAAUGGCUUUAAAUGAUAAUGGCAUAAUAAUUGUUAAAAAACGCCAUAAAUUAGAUUCACUUGUUUUGUGAAGACAGCAUGCAAAAUAGUCUGUGUCAAUGCGGCAUGUGGGGGUAUACGUCACGUCUGUGACAAAGCUCUAGUCUUUAAAUAAAUGAGCAACAAUUUUGCCCACAUGACAGACUUUUAAUGCAACAUUAAGCCCAGUUUUCCUGAAAGCAGCAAAUAUGUACAGAUUUCAAUGAUAAACUGGCCAAUGUGGUCGCACAAGCUAUUAUAAACACUAUACUGGCCAAUAUAAUCGCACAAGCUCUUUUACACUAUUGAUUACAUACAGGCUGUCUGCAUUGUACCAGUGGUUAAUUAUAAACAGGCAGUGGUUAUCGUUCCUAGCGUAGCUAAUAGCAGACUGACUUGCAGUUAUCAUUCCUAGCGUAGCUAACAGCAGACUGACUUGCAAAACUUGCUAACGCUCACAACUAAAAAUUAUACAGAAGUUUUACUUGAACCUUUUGAAGGUCAAUCACAUUGGUACGAUGCACAGUGCACAAGAACCAUAACUCUUUCUCUUCUUAUUUGAUAAAAAUUGCCCUUUGUUAUUUUGUAUACUUAUGCUUUCCAUAGCAUAUCUCAAUACCUAAAACAGGUUUUAAUUUUAAAGUUAAUUCAUACUUAGAUUUCAUGAAGGACAUGUCCAGUGUACAAGAAAUGUAACUCUUUCUUGCUGCUUUUCAGACUUAUUGCCCUUGGUCAGUUAUUUUGUACCCAAACCUGUCCUUAGCAUGAGUUGAAAACUAAAAGAUGUGUCAACUUGAAUCUUUGUAAGUAUUUAGAGUUAAUCCUUUUCCCCAUAACAAGCAAAAUGAAAAUGGCUAUGUGCAAACAGCAUAAAACCAGAACAGCUCCCGAGUAACUCGCAGUCUGUUCAGGUUUUACGCUGUUUGCUACUCAUCAGUAUCUUAGAGUUUUAAAUUAAGCCUUUCAAACUUGAAUAGAUUAAGAAAGGACUCAAAUUUAAUUUGAUUUUCUGAAGAACUUCAAAUGCAUCAAAGUGCGUUUCUGAGUGGUAAAGGGUUAAACUCAUUACUCUUGAGCCUCUAUGUUUAGGUAUCAACUUGACACUUAAUAGGGCGAUACGUCUAUUGCUCUACUAUUUUUAGAAUUAUUGUCAAUUUUUGUGAAGACAAAUUUUGUCCUGAGCAUAUCUUGAAAAAUAAAACCAGUAUCAACAUGAAUCUUUAAAGGUUAGUAGAUCUCAUUAUGGGUAUGUGCAUUGCUUUCAACUCUUGCUUCCAUAGUUUUAUAACUAUUGCCUUUUGUUAUUUUUAUUUAUUAUUCCAGGGCAUAUCUUGAAAACUAACAGAGGUAUCAACCUGAAACUUCAUAUCUGUGACACAUUUCUAGUGUAAUAAUAAAUUAACAUGAUUGUCCAACCAACCCUCAUGUGCCCUUAACUGGGGAAUCCAUUCACAGGGGAUUUUGUAUUGUCAUCAAUAUGUUUUUAAAUAAAUAUAUUUAAGUUUAAUAAGAAGAACUAAUUGAUCCUACUUUUUAUAGUUAAAUUAUCGAAAUGGUUGUCCAGAUUUUAACAUAUGGUGUAUAAAUUGUCUCCCUUUGAGGCAGCAAUGCAGUAAUUGUUAAGUCCUACAAUUGAGCUUAUAAUAUGAAAGUCUCAUUCAGGUCGUGUACUUCCAUAUACUUAGAAAAACUUGUUUGAAAAGACAUUUGAAAUGUAGGAAUACUUUGAUAAAUAUGUUAUUCUAUCACUCGUGUAUUAAAACCUGUGUACACUAUGUUAGAGCCAUAUUUGUGUGUUAUUGUGUUAUUGUUAUUGUUAUUUCUAAGUAUAGAAAUGUAUACAUCAAACUUCCCUAGAAAAGGAAAUAAAUACACUUUAAUAAAUAAUGUCUUUAU